UACGCCCGGACCUGCGGAGCUCGCGCUGUAGUGCUACUUUGGAGCAGCUCGAGACUGCUGGACAAUAACAUGAGCAAAGCGAAAAAGUCCCAAGAAGUGAGGCAGAGGCCGUGACCUGACCCUCUCUGUUCGGGUUCUUCCUCCAUCAUCAUCAUCACCGACCACAGACUGGAUCCGCGCACACUUCGGCGCUCGGUAACCUCGGAACAACAGGGAGCAACAGGCGCGCGGCCGCUGCUCAUCUGGACAUCUGUGGCAGGAAUGAUGCUCGCGCUUACCUACACCUGCCGCGCGCUGCUUGUCUUCCUCCUAUUAGAGGCUGUUGAGACCGACAGAGGAGCGCCCUUCCUCAUCACAGAGAACAUGUGGCCUCGUGGUUGUGUCCUGGAUUGCCAGAGGGGGCGCCACAGAGCUGUAUGUGGGAGCAACGGCAGGCUGUAUAAAUCUCUGUGUGCCUUCCAGAGAGCUCAAUGCAUCAACACGCAGCUCCGACUGGCUCCACGCUCACACUGCUCAGACCCGGGUCAGUCUAAGUGUCAGCAGGCUCGGACUCAGGCUCUGGAGGUGAGCUCCCACAGCAGUCAUGUUAGCCCAUCAGCGGCCAUCUUUGUCCCAGAGUGCCACCCUGAUGGUCACUUCCUGCCAGUUCAGUGUCACAACCAGACUGGAUACUGCUGGUGCUCCACAGCCGACGGCAAACCUGUCAGCGGGACUUCAGUCCCCCAUCUGAUCCCCAACUGCACCGAUCACAUCACCAGGUUAGCUCACAAUACAGAUGCAGAUUCAGCUCCUAUAAAAGGUGACGGCGAUGAACCCAGGCCAACGCUAGUUCCCAGAAAGUCUGCAGAGCUGACACCUCCUCCGUUCUGGGUGACCAUCCUGAUGAACUCGGACCCCAGAGCAAACCGCUCAGUCAGACGGCCCACAGACAGUCCUCAGACGUGUGAGCGAGAGCGAGCAUCCUUACUCUCUCAGGUGCAUUCAAACUGGCAGGAGGAAGAGCGUUUUAUCCCAGAAUGCACUGCAGAUGGACGUUACAACCCUGCUCAGUGUUACGCAGCCACAGGUUACUGCUGGUGUGUGCAGGUGGACAGUGGCCGACCGCUGCCGGGGACUUCAGCACGGAAUCGUAUCCCAGAAUGCUCUGGGGCAGAAGAGACACCAUCAGACAGGAGGUUUAGGGAAAAACCUCUGUCAGGCUGUCCUGGAGCUCGUAAGAAACAGUUCCUGCAGAGUCUCGUCCAAGCUCUGCAGCUGGAAGCGGAGCACACCGGAAGUCUGAGUCCACACAGAGCCUUAAACACACCUCCCUCUACCAUUCCCUCUCCAUCUUUAAUUACUCCCUCCUCCUCCUUGACGCUGGCCACUGUGUCUCCUGCUGCUCCAGAGACUAUGGACUCCUCCAGACCUGAGGAUGCGCUGCGGUGGCACUUCAUUCAGCUAGACGUGGACUCUAGCGGGGUGCUGAGCGAACGUGAAGCUCGACCUUUUCGUCAGUUCCUGCGACGGAGGCUCAAACCACGACGAUGCGCCAAAAAGUUUUCUCAGUACUGUGACAGAGACGGAGACAGAGGACUGACGCUGGAGGAGCUGAGAGUCUGUCUGAGCCUCUGAGGAGGACAAAACCAGACACGAGAUAAUUCCCCUGGUGACAGAGAUCAGCUCUUCUCCACAUCACCGUUACACCUCCGAAUUCAGAUAAUUCAGCUGUAAAAAUCACAGGAUUUUAUACUGCAUUGUAAAAAGUCAAAUCUAAGCCAGUGUAUUGGUUGAGUUUUUUGACCUGAUCUGUUUAUUAUAGAAUUCAGGUGUUUCAAUCAAACCUGUUGCCACAGGUGUAUAAAAUCAAGCACCUAGCCAUGCAGUCUCCAUUUACAAACAUUUAUUAUCCUAAUUGUGUCAUUCUGAAGAGCUCAGUAGUACUGUGAUGGAUGCCACCUUUGCAGUAAGACGGCUGGAGAAAUUUCAUCCCUGCUGGAUAUUGUAUGGUCAACUGUAAGGGAUUUUAUUAGAAAGUGGAAAAGUUUAGGAACAACAGCAGCUCAGCCUUGAAGCAGAAGACCACGUAAAAUCACAGUGCCAGGUCAAACACUCAAAGGCGCAUGGUGCGUAGCAGAGAUGGGGACUCGAGUCACACUUAAGUCACACACACCAGUGACGUGAGACUUGACUUGGACUCGCAAAAGACUCAAGACUUAACUCGGGCUCUAGAUUUGAGACUCAUACACAAUCUUCAGUUUUUAAUGUUUCCAUCAUAAUCUCCUGUCCCCCCUGUCACUCUUUAUCACAUUGUCCCUUUCCUUUUAACCGUUCGUGUGUCUUUCACGCAGCAGCAGCAACAGCUGCUCUCCUUUCAUACUCGUUGUCUUUCAUGCUGCAUAAUAAUGACACAUAAAAACACAAUGCUCUCACACACACCCACCCACACUAAAACGCACGCUAACAUGUUGGUAGUGUAGACUUCAGGCUUCUAUCUGUUGAGGACAGACAUUUCAGAAUACCAGAGAAUAAACACAGACUGGAACAUUCUCCAAAUGUUAGUUGCAAGUCUAAGACUAGCAAAAAUAGAUGAUUACUAUAAUAACUCUGCUAAAAAGUAAGUAAAGUUUUCAUCACAGAUAUAAAAACGAGACUAAACUGUCACUUCUGGACCGUUGGACAUUAAAAAUCAAUGAUAUUUCUCUAAUGUGCAUUUAAGUUUUUUCAUUAUUUUUAUCUGUGUAUUUUUGAUCAAUGGAAGAAUUGAUAGUAGAUUAAUGGACUAAAACAGAACUAAAAUGUUUCCGAGUUUUCCUCGAUAAAAUAAGACUAAAUAUUUUAAAGAUGAAAAUGAAUGAGAACUGGGCUUUGAUGCACAUUUAUGUCAAGUUUGCAGAAGAUCGCUGGAAUGGUUCUUAGGAUAUCAAGAACAGCCUGGAUGGACAGACAACUAGAAACCAUGAUGCUUUCAGCCUCGGCUACCACUACUAAGGGGGCAUUUCAAAAUUAAACAAACAAACACCAUGAACAGAAGUAACUAAACAUGCAAGUGACACUAGAUCUGGUGGGAGAACAUACGAGAAUUUUCAAAAAUGUUGAACUUUUCCUUUAAUUUUGCUGUAUUAUUUUGUUCUCCUGAUCUCUUUGUCUCUACUGUUUUUCAUUAGCUACAUUUAUAUAUAUUGAUGUAACAUAUUUUAAUGAACGCUUUGGCACUGUUAUCUCGUCUUUUGUACAUUUUAUUCACACCAAAUUGCUCUGAGUCAUUGCUGAUGCUGAUGCUCUGGACUCUAAUGAAUAAUUGAAUGUUUUUAAAGUGAUUGUAAUAAAAUGACUUCA